CAUGUAACUGCAGCCUCAGCAUAAAUACAGACUUGAUUCAACACUAUCAUUUCAACAGUGCAAAGCAGCCCAUGCAGCUGUUGAACUAAAUGGCCUGCGAUUGGCCAAAGGAUUAAGGUGACUCCCUUAAACGCAAGGGUUCGAUACAAACCUGGGAAUAAGCAAUGAUUGGGACCAUCUUUGCAGUCACCCUCGCAGUGGUGACGGAAAUUUGGACUUUUCCUCUGAAGAAUUCCACUAUGGUACAAGAAACAGUGGUGAGGGUCAAAAGAAGAUACUCUGGAAUGUCUAUCGACCCUGAGGACAUCAAUAUCAUGGACAUGAUCAUUAUGGCAAACAGACGAGUGGGAUUUGCAGGACUUUCCAUGCGAGAUGGUGACAUUGCAUCGAAUUCAAAUAUACGCAGUGCCCUUAUUUGUCCAGCUAACUCUUGCCUUUGGCCAAAAUCAGUGGAUGGUUUUGUCUAUGUUCCUUACAUGAUUUCUACAUUCUAUGAUGACAUGGACAGGAUCACGAUAGAGACAGGUAUGCUGGACAUCUCGUCUCAGACAUGUGUCAAGUUUGUACCACGAACCCAUGAAGCCAACUUUAUCGACAUUCAACCCAAGCGUGGUUGCUGGUCCUUCUUAGGCAUGAUUGGUGGACCCCAGACUCUGUCCCUGCAGACCCCGUCCUGCAUGUGGUCAGGGGUGGCUUCCCACGAGCUCAUGCAUGCUCUUAGUUUUGUUCAUGAGCACUCGCGCUCUGAUCGUGACGCCUAUGUCACCAUCCUGUGGAGAAAUAUCAUGAGAGGCCAGACACACAACUUUCAAAAGCAUAACACCUACCUCAACACAGCAUAUGAUUACAAUUCAGUCAUGCACUAUGGAAGGUAUGCUUUUACUGCAGAUGGUGAACCAACCAUAAUUCCCAAACCAGACCAAAGCAUCCCUAUUGGACAGCGAGAUGGACCUAGUGUAUUAGACAUUCAUAAAAUAAAUGUCUUGUAUAAAUGUGGUGGCAUGGUGUAACAAGGAAAAUUCAUCAUUUCAUUUCAUGUUUAGCACAAGUAGUUUACACAAAUGAAAAUGUACC